ACUUUAUCGUAAUAUCUUAUGGUCUUGUAUGUAGCAUUUCUUCAUGCAUGCCCGUCCUUGAUAUGGUUUACUCUCAAGAUGGUAAAAGGCUGCGUUAAGCCGAUUAUCGGAUAGUGUUCUAUUUAAAGAAGUGGUUUCGUUAGGGGUCUUCUUGAAAAUUGUCACAUAACAGUAGCUACACAUUGUUUUUGUUUAAUUGCUGAACUGUGAAACUACUGAGUACGGAGAUAAAUACAUACUAGUUGGGCGACGUCGCCCUGUUGGUCACAGAAGAUGAAAAGGUUUUUAGUCUGUUCGACAGAUGCUAAUCGGGCCGCACAUAAACUUCUGUGAGACAGGACAACUAUGGUCUGGAUGUUUAUUAUGAACUUAUCUCAGUAUUUGGUUUGUAAUAAGCAGCAGUCAUCUAAGGUCACAUAAAAGUUAUAACAUUAUUAACAGUAAUAAAAAUAAUUGUUACCCUGGUGUAAAUUCUCGUCCCUCUCACUAACAGGGCAUGCAAAAAUACAUGUGAUGCAAGGAUGAGGGCAGACACACCAUGGUACUGAUAACAACCACAACAUGCACUAGACCAAAUCAGGCUAACCAAACAAUAAGGAUUGCAGUGUGGCUGUUUUGGGUAUGAAAAUCUAUAACUCGGAAGGUCAACACUAGGUGAGAGGGGGUGGAAGAACAAUGCAUGGUAAGAUGACUAAUAAGGAUUCAAAUGAAAAAUUUAGAAACGGAAAACCUCCAAUUGAGUUUUGCUCUGAUAGAUGGUCAUACACCCUAACAAUUUGCGUGACUUCGAUUUGCUAAUGCUUUUAGGCGGCAGAACGUAUUAAAUAGGAGGGUGGGUUAUAAAUCUCAUUAACAUAUAUGUUAAAGACCCUCGGUCAACUAAAGAUUUACUUGAAAAUGAAAAUAUCACUUCGCCUGUCAUUCCGCUGCGUCACUAUUCUCGUGCGCCCUCCUACUCGCAUUAUUUUGCUCAUAUUGUUAACAGUUUGUUAAAUUUCGUUUAUCAGAUUGGAUUUAUUAUUUACUUUUGCAUCUCACAAAUAAUUUCCAAUGUCUCUACAUCGUUCUGCCAAUGGACCUCCACCGGCCAAACCGCUUGUGGCUCUUCUUGAUGGACGUGAUUGUACCAUUGAGAUGCCCUUGUUGAAAGAUGUGGCAACAGUCGCAUUCUGUGAUGCUUCAUCAACUAGUGAAAUCCAUGGAAAAGUCCUUGAAGAAGCUGUUGGGGCUCUAAUGUGGCAUACAAUUUCGCUGACACGUGAAGAUCUUCAAAAGUUCAAAUCUCUGAAAAUUAUUGUGAGAAUAGGAAGCGGUUAUGACAACAUUGACAUUAAGGCUGCAGGUGAAUUGGGUAUUGCUGUCUGUAACGUUCCUGGGUUUGGAGUUGAAGAGUCUGCAGAUACAACCCUCUGUCAUAUCUUAACAUUGUAUCGCCGUACUUAUUGGUUAGCAAACAGUCUACAGAUGGGUAAACGAAUUAAUGGUCCAGAACAUUUGAAAGAAGUUGCAAAUGGAUCCGCUCGAAUACGGCGUGAUACACUUGGCAUAGUUGGUUUGGGUCGAGUUGGGACAGCUGUCGCUUUACGAGCCCAAGCCUUUGGAUUCCAUGUGACGUUUUAUGAUCCCUAUCUACCAGAUGGAAUUGAACGGUCAUUGGGUAUUGAACGUGUUUAUAGUCUUCAAGAUCUCUUGUUUCAAAGUGAUUGUGUCACACUGCAUUGCUCUCUCAAUGAACAAAAUCGACAUAUGAUCAAUGAACAUACAAUCAAGUUAAUGAGACCAGGCGCAUUUUUGAUCAAUACUGCUCGAGGUGGUUUGAUAGAUGAAGUGGCUUUGGCAGCUGCUCUUAAGGAGGGUCGAAUACGUGCUGCAGCGCUAGACGUUACUGAAACUGAACCAUUUGUUUGGAGUAAUAGUGCCUUGAAAGAUGCUCCAAACCUAAUUGUCACACCUCAUAUGGCGUUUUACAGUGAAUCAAGUAUGCGUGAAAUGCGUGAAGCAGCUGCAAAUGAAAUUCGGAGAGCUAUUUUAAAUCGUAUACCAGAUUGUCUUCGAAACUGUGUCAACAAAGAAUUUAUGCCCAAUGGUGGUUCAUCAGGCUUUUCUCAUGGUUGCUCCAGUAAUUCUUUGUCAAAUAAUAUUGGGAACAAUCCUUUGGUUAACAACAGUCACCUUUCCCUUGCAGCAGGUAUUCCCGGCGUUAAUGCUCUCAAUAACAGCGUUGCUUCAGGAUUAGAAAAUGCUGCACGUGGUCUUCAUCCUGCGGCUGCAGCUGCAGCAUUCAGUCUUUCUGCAGGUCUUUUCUCUUCCGCAGCUGGUGGAGGUGGUGGUUUAGGAGUAGGUGCAAACAGUCUUCCAUUCCCUGCCAGUCUCAUUGGUGGCUCGGGAAUAGGCCUGUCGAAUGCCGGUGGUGGUAUUCUUACCAACAGUGGUGGUCCAACAACAAUUCCAGCCCUACCUCCUCCUCCCGCCGUUGCUGCGGCCGCUGCAGCUCAUUUAGCUGGCCUCCCUCCUGCCUCAGCAUAUGCUAACUUCUUUCCUCCUGGAUUAGCAGCCGGUCUGGGCCUUCCACUUCCUCCUCCGCACCCCUCAUCUUUAGGUGGUGUUGCUGGAUCAUUAGGAGGCACAACUACAGGGACUUCAACAAGUGCAAAUACAAGCAGUUGUACUAAUAACUCCACUUCCAACUCGGGAGGUCAAACAGUCAGUUCUCCUUCACCUGCAACUAGUGGGUGUAUUCCCGGUGGUGUAUCCAGCAGUACUUUUGACAGUGUACACGCAAGACUUGCUGCUGCUGCCAGUCUUGUUGCAUCAGGUCUUAACCCAAGAUCUUCAUGAUAGAAUUGUUCCUCUUGAAAUUAAUCAAAGACUGUGUAAAGUGAACAAAAUAUACGAUUGUUUUGUUAACUUUGAAAUAUGGGAGUCGUUCAUCCCUUUUACCAUGCGAAUGUCUAUCGCAUGUGUACUUCCUGCAUUAAUAAAGUGUUGUGUUAUGAUUUAUUUUUCUAAAUUACAAAUUUAUUCAUCUA